AUGGCAAGAGCCUACAUCAGGCCAGGAUGGACCACAUCAACUACUCCAAGAGGCCUCCUAUACAUCUGGAUGCUUCUCCUUCAGAGUGGGUCUCUAGGUUCUGUAGCAAAGUUAAACUGCAUCAGCCCUGGUCCUGAAGGUCUGAUUUCUGCUCUAGAGAAGGAACUGUUCCCAAGAAAACACUUCCGGCCAGUACAAAGUUUCUCAACACCAAUUGAUAUCACCAUCUAUUUCACUUUAGUGGGCGUACUGGAUGUGAGUGAGUCUGAACAAACAGUGACUACAUUCUUAUGGCAAGUCCUUCAGUGGGAUAUUGAGGGUCUGAGCUGGGAUGAGGAACAGUGUGGAACCUGGAGAGUCGCUGUCCCGAGGGAGGAACUGUGGAUACCAGACAUCACAGUAGCGGAGUUUUGCAGUACAAAUGAGAACAUAUCACCAGUCUAUCCCUUCACCUACCUGGAUAACAACGGUCAUGUAUUUGACAACCAACCUCUCCAUGUCGUCAGUGCCUGCAAGUUGAGCAUCUACUCCUUCCCCUUUGACAUUCAGAACUGCACUUUGACCUUUGGCUCCUACCUGCAUUUUGCCAACGACAUUCGGACGGUCAUCGGAAGGUCAGGGGAGGAUAUUCUAAAACAGUCGAUUGAAGUACUUGAGACUAACAGGGAGUGGGAGCUGAUUGACAUCAUUCCCACCCACAAUAUACUGGAGUUGAUGGAGGGAACAUACGACCAAAUCAUCUACUAUGUUGUGCUGAAGAGACGGCCAAUGCAUUACGUGGUAAACCUGGUUCUCCCCAGCUGUUUCCUCAUAAUUAUUGACCUCUUCAGCUUCUUGUUGCCUCCUGCGGAAGUCGACCGCUCAACCUUCAAGAUCACCCUGAUUUUGGGAUACACGGUCUUCCUGAUCAUGGCCAACAACCUCCUGCCUGUGACAGGAGAGACCACGCCCAUUAUCAGCAUUUACUUCUCCCUCAGUCUGGCUCUGAUGGUGACCAGUCUGCUGGAGACAGUUUUCAUCACCAACAUCCAGACUAGUUCCAGUCACUACCCAGCCGUUCCCCGCUGGCUCAGGCUCAUCGUCCUGGACACGUUGGCACCCCUCCUCUGUCUUCCUCUUCCUAAAAGGGCCAAGCAACCUAAAAGUGGUACAAUCAAGCUACAAUCAGAUGUCACCAGUAAAACAACAAGUGAAGCAGAACCUCCUCUUCCACUAGUGGUGGAGCCUGUCCUGGUGGAGCUCAGACAGUUGUGUACUGACCUGGAAGCCAUCCGCACCCAGAUAGACAAGCACUUCCUGGGGAACGAAAACACAAGCGAGUGGAUACACAUUGGGAAGGUGUUAGACAGGCUGUUGUUCCUUAUCCACAUUGUCUUCAUCUCUGUCAGCUUCAUCACCAUCAUCUGCGUCUGGAGCUUCUGGUACCGAAUAGUACCAGGCAACAACUGAAAAUUACUUUUAACAGC